AUGGAAGCUUCACCUUCACCUUCGCUGCAUGGCCUGACGCCUCUGCCGAGGAAUAAGUCCUUCGCAGCCAUAUCCGUGGCCUCGGACGAGUCCAACGGAAGUCGACAAGGUCAAGGCACACCGCACAAUGGAGCCUACGACGAUGGGUUUCGUUACAAGACGAUGGUCACCUACAUCUACAAUAGGGCUGUGGCGAGCGGCUGGAUCCCUCCCGAAUAUUCUCAAAAUCCUGAUGAUUGCAUGGGAGUCUUGUUGCGGCGCUCAAGAGGAAACUAUGUAAUGGCCCCGGAAACACUCCACCAUCUUGUUCUUGGCGCCGCCAUCAGACUAAACCUCGGCGUCGUCGUCACCAUGCGCCCUCAGAUGCUAGAUGGCAUCCUGAAGUCGCUGACCGGAUCCCAAACGGAGCUCAAGUUCAAGGAUGGAUCGCAAGUUCAAAUCAUCGACUCCCUAGCACACGCUCACCCUGCCAGCGUCAAAAAGUUCCAGUAUGCUUGUAUCUUCAGGCAGGAAAGGCUCAUCCUAGUCUGGCAUGAUGAGUUGCAGCACAUCGUGUCCGUCGCCACGCGCGUUGAGGAGAAGUUACUGUCAUUGGUUUGGGGAGAGGGGAACUUUUCCUUCCAAAUGCUUUCGACGCCUAGCCGCGCCGCCUCGACCAUAUCGUCCGGCAUGUCCAGCCCCAACGGCACCGCAACCCCUGCGCUAGAAAAGUUGGGGCCUAUACCGUACCUCAGUGAAAGCAUGGAGGAGCUGGAAAAGGAUCCCGGAAUGGAUCGUCCCGAGUCUGUCGCUAGGCCAGUCAUCCGCGCAUCGGCCUUCUUCAUCGGUAUGGCCAUGUGCUUGUCCAUAUGCUUGCUCAUUGGUGUCUACAUCGGCAAGCUAGUCACCGAAUGUGUUCUCGAUGGGUCGUGGAUUCGCCUGGCACUUGUUGCUCCCAUCCCGAUAUUGAUGGGUGUCAGCUUGUUCUUCUUCCAGGUCAUCUUCACUAACCUGUUUCAAAUGAUUGGCCCCAUUGGCGGCGUCCGCACAAAUUCGCGGUAUUAUUCCUGCCAUAAGCCAUGCUUGAAGCGCGCCUUUUCCGAUGGGUUUGUGCCGCCCAAGAUCACCAUACAGAUGCCCGUAUACAAGGAGGGCAUGGAGACGGUCAUCGUGCCCACAAUUCGCAGCCUUCAGGCUGCCAUCUCAUACUACGAGUCGCACGGGGGCUCAGCCAAUAUCUUCGUCAAUGACGACGGCCUUCGAGCUGGCCUCUCGGAAGAAGUCGUUCAACAGCGACGCGACUUUUACCAUGACAACAACAUCGGUUGGGUCGCCCGGCCCAGACACAACGGCGAAGAAGGCUUUGCGCGGAAGGGCAAGUUCAAGAAAGCGUCGAACAUGAACUUUGCCCUCAACGUAUCUCAAAAGGUUGAGGCGCAUCUUCAAGAGACGGUGGACGCUCGAAUAGCCUCGGAUGCUUCUGACAUGUUGGAUGAAUCCGAGGAGGCAGAGCUGUACGCGGCAGCCCUCACCCGCGUCCUCGAAGAGAACCCUCUUGCUUGGGCCGAGGGCGAUAUUCGUGUCGGGGAGCAUAUUCUUAUUGUCGAUUCCGAUACCAGAGUCCCAGUCGACUGCCUCCUCUACGGCGCGGCCGAAAUGUUCUUGUCGCCAGAGACUGCCAUCAUCCAGCACUCGACCGGAGUCAUGCAGGUCGUGCACGACUACUUCGAAAACGGUAUUACCUUCUUUACCAAUCUGGUAUACACCUCUAUCCGUUUCUCCAUCGGCUCCGGCGAAGUUGCACCUUUCGUCGGCCACAACGCCUUUCUCAGGUGGCAGGCUGUCCAAGACGUCGGCGUCAAGGAUGAGACGAAUUACAUCCCUUACUGGUCUGAGAGUCACGUAUCUGAGGAUUUCGACAUUGCCCUCCGACUGCAAAUGAAGGGCAACAUCAUCCGCAUCGCCAGCUACCAUGAUGAUCAGUUCAAGGAAGGUGUUUCCCUCACCAUCUACGACGAGAUCGCCCGCUGGCAAAAGUACGCCUUUGGCGUCAGUGAGAUGAUUUUCCACCCCUUUCACCGCUGGAUCUUCAAGGGUCCCUUCACACCCCUCUUCUAUACCUACUUGGGUUCCAACAUCAUGGUGUCGUCCAAGAUUUCCAUCAUGGCGUACAUGUGCUCCUACUUUGCCCUUGGAUCCGCCCUUUUGCUCACGGUCAUCAACUAUUUCAUCAUCGGCUGGUUCCGUGACGACCUUGCCACCUGCUACCUCACUUCUUGGAAUGUUUUCCUCUCCCUCGUCGUCGUCUUCAACGCCUCGGGCCCCAUCGCCCUCGCCAUCUUCCGCUACCGCACCGGUGAGCGUUCCCUACUUGGGUCUCUGGUUGAAAACCUAAAGUGGAUGCCGAUGAUGACCGUCUUCUUCGGCGGCAUCUCCUACCACAUCACCACAUCACUCCUGGCAUAUCUCUUCCAUGUCGACAUGCAGUGGGGUGCCACGUCCAAGGAGAAGGAAGACAGCAACUUCUUCCAGGAGAUGCCUCGAAUAUUUCGGACCUUCAAGUGGAUGUAUCUCAUCAUUACGCUUCUCGUCGGCGCCAUGAUUUACCUCGGUGCUUUUGCGCCGCCUGACUGGGCCAUUACCGAUUUCUCGGCCAUUGUGCCGCUCGCACUCAACCUCAGCUUCCACGCACUGGUACCGCUGGUCUUAAACCCGAGCUUGAUGGUCUUCAACUACUAG